CAGCUGCACGUCAGUCAGAAGAGCCUGAAGUAAGAAGAGGGCGGUGCCGUCCUCCGUGUCCUGGUCCCACGCCCAUGAAAGGGAUGUGAUGUGGGCAGGUCCACGUCUGCCCUGCUCGCUGCGCCGUGGAGCUCCCGAUCCGGGACAGUGAUGCUGAGGUCUCAUGUCCAGAGAGCGGCCUCCUCCACCGGGCCUCCAAGGUCAUUCUUUCUCAGUGACCAUAACUGAGCGCUGCAGCCACCAGCUUUGAAGACAUUACUUUCACCUGCCCUGGGCAGUGUCUUCCAGCCUCAGCCGCCGCUGGCACCAAGACCUUCCUCACACCCCAAAACUCGACAUCCGAAACCAGCUGAGAAUGCGUGUGUAAGAUGCAGGCUGGAUGUAGCGGAAGACCCCACAGGCUGCCCCGCGUCCUUGGACCAUGAAGGUCCUGGAUGAGAGCCUCUUCUGGAUGCUGCUCCCGUUCUUCCAGCUGAUAGCCAGUGCCGCCGAGCACGAGGAGGUGGCCAAACACGCCAUCAAGUUGCACCGGGGGAAGGGGGCCACGGCCACUCAGAGGAAGCAGUGGGUCCUGGACAGCUGCAGGAGGCUCACGGGGCUCCUGCGUCAGAAGAACGUGGUCCUGAACAAACUGAAGAAUGCCAUCAGAGCGGUGGAGAGGGACGCCAGCCUGUCAGGCGAGGAGAAGCUCUUCCAGGUGCACACGUUCGAGAUCUUCCAGAAAGAACUGAACGAGAGCGAGAAUUCGGUCUUCCAGGCCAUCUACGGACUGCAGAGAGCCCUGCAGGGGGAUUACCGAGAUGUGGUCAACAUGAAAGAGAGCAGCAAGCAGCGGCUGGAGGCUUUGCGGGAGGCCGCCAUUAAGGAAGAGACAGAGUAUGUGGAACUUCUUGCUGCCGAAAAACACCAAGUGGAAGCCCUUAAAAACAUGCAGCAUCGAAACAAGAGUCUGUCCAUGCUUGACGAGAUCCUCGAAGACGUGAGGAAGGCUGCCGACCGUUUGGAGGAGGAGAUAGAGGAGCAUGCCUUCGAUGACAAUAAAUCAGUCAAAGGGGUCAACUUCGAGGCUGUUCUGAGAGUGGAGGAAGAGGAGGCCAGUUCCAAGCAGAACAUCACAAAGCGGGAAGUGGAGGAUGGCCUGGGUCUCAGCAUGCUUAUCGACUCCCAGAACAACCAGUACAUUCUGACCAAGCCCCGAGACUCCACCAUCCCUCGUGCGGACCACCACUUCAUAAAGGACAUCGUGACCAUAGGAAUGUUGUCCCUACCUUGCGGCUGGCUGUGCACAACAAUUGGAUUGCCCACGAUGUUUGGGUAUAUAAUCUGUGGUGUGCUCCUGGGGCCCUCCGGGCUGAACAGUAUUAAGUCUAUUGUGCAGGUGGAGACAUUGGGAGAAUUUGGGGUCUUCUUUACCCUGUUUCUUGUUGGCUUAGAGUUUUCUCCAGAAAAGCUCAGGAAGGUGUGGAGGAUAUCUUUACAAGGACCUUGUUACAUGACAUUACUGAUGAUUGCCUUCGGCUUGUGGUGGGGACACCUUCUGCGGAUCAGACCCACUCAGAGUGUCUUCAUUUCCACCUGCUUGUCCUUAUCAAGCACACCCCUGGUGUCCAGGUUCCUAGUGGGCAGUGCCCGGGGUGAUAAAGAAGCAGGCGACAUUGAUUACAGCACGGUGCUGCUUGGCAUGCUGGUGAUGCAGGAUGUGCAGUUGGGGCUGUUCAUCGCCGUCAUGCCCACGCUCAUACAGGCGGGAGCCAGCACGUCGUCCAGCGUUGUCAUGGAAGCACUGCGGAUACUCUUUCUGAUUGGACAGAUUCUCUUCUCGCUGGCUGCUGUUUUUCUCUUAUGUCUCAUCAUAAAGACUUACCUCAUAGGACCGUAUUACCGGAAGCUGCACAUGGAAAGCAAAGGGAACAAGGAAAUCCUCAUCCUGGGAGUGUCCGCGUUCAUCUUUCUCAUGUUGACGGUCACAGAGCUGCUGGACGUCUCUAUGGAGCUCGGCUGCUUCCUGGCUGGAGCACUGGUCUCUUCCCAAGGGCACAUGGUCACAGAGGAAAUCAUGACUUACAUCGAGCCUAUCCGUGACUUCUUGGCCAUCAUCUUCUUCGCAUCCAUAGGGCUCCAUGUGUUCCCCACCUUUGUGAUCUAUGAGUUGACCGUGCUGGUAUUCCUCACCCUGUCUGUGGUCGUCAUGAAGUUUGUAUUGGCAGUGCUGGUCUUGUCUCUCAUCCUGCCGAGGAGCAGCCAGUACAUCAAGUGGAUUGUAUCAGCAGGGCUGGCACAGGUCAGCGAGUUCUCCUUUGUUCUGGGGAGCCGAGCACGGAGAGCGGGCAUCAUCUCGAGAGAGGUGUACCUCCUCAUCCUGAGUGUGACCACACUUAGCCUCCUGCUCGCCCCAGUGCUCUGGAAAGCAGCCAUCACAAAGUGUGUGCCGAGACCCGAGAGGAGGUCAAGCCUCUGACAGCACCAGAGGACGACAGACUUCGGGGUGGGGCCCUUCUCGGAGUCCUGCCAUGGUCUGUUGCUGCACCUUCCCGCUGGCCUGCCGUCAGAGACAGAGCAGCGUUGACAAGGAGGCGGUAUCCUCACGUUCGCUUGCAUUUUCAGAAGCUCUCCUGGCAUGUUUUCCAGAGUAAUUUAUUUGCAGUCCGUUGAUCAUGUACAGAGUUUUAACACUGCAUUUUACAAUCACCUGAACUAUUUUGCCUGAAUGUGCCUUUUUUUAAAUGAAGAUUAUUAACUCCCUAUUGUUAAUUCAUCAGCUCAUGAGUUUUUGGUAAAGAAGAAAAAUUAGAAAGCCUUUUUUUAUUUAUUGUACAAUUAUAAUCUGUUGGUCAAAUAUCUGUUAUUAAACAUAAUGGUGAUAUGAGAUUUUAAUUUUAUUUUUGAGCUUAGAAGCUUACUUUUAAUCUUUAAAGACUUGCUGUCUUCUUGCCCCUUGUAACUAUUUUAAAUAAAACGUUUUCAUGUUGAUUUUUAUUAGUUUUAGUUUAAAAAUAUUUGUCUCUGAAUCAUAAGCAUAUGCAUUCUUAAAUAAAGACCAUUUAUGAUCAGGGCAUAA